GAGCAUAACAAUUGACAACUGGAUAAUACUAACGACAAUUGUCAUAUUUUAUUAAGUAAGAUAUAAUGGGGUUGAUUUAUACUCCAAUUUGAUGUAAGGUGUUCAAUUCUGGCAUCACAUUCUUUAUUUACGACACCGCGAAACCGCGAAACCGCGUUCCCUCAACUCCACCCGUACCCCUCAUUCCCUUUGGUAAUUAAUUAUUGAACCACCACAUUACCCAACACCCAUAUACAUUCUUACCACUAUUUGACUUGAUAUCAUAUUGCCAUAGUUGUUCUUCUACCAUUGUUCCACCAAUUUCGCAAACAAUAAUCAGGGCAAUCUCCCAUGCGCAGAAUGUCUACCAUCACAAUUGGAAACCUACCCCGUCUGUCCUCAAAAGCUCUCUCCGACAUCCUUCUUUCUCACGCUUCGUCGAACCUGGAUGCCUCUUCUAAGCCGGAGAAUUUAGCUAUUAUUGAUGUUCGUGAUGAUGAUCACAUAGGCGGCCAUAUCAAACAUUCUACCCAUGUACCAUCUUCCACUCUUGACUACAAGAUCCCCGAAUUAGUUCGGAAACUUAGAGAUAAAGAUACGGUUGUAUUUCAUUGUGCUUUGAGUCAGCAGAGAGGUCCCAGCGCUGCACUGAGAUAUAUACGGGAAAGGGAGAGGAUUAUGGGCGCAGGCGCCGGCGCCGGCAUGAGCGCGGGAUCUGUUGGAGAAGCUAUGAAGAAGAAUAGAGAGGCAGUCGAGAAUAAAGCUGAUGACGGGGAAUGGGAGGAUGUUGAAGAGGCUUCUGAAAAGAAAGAGCAAAAGGUAUACGUUCUAGACCAAGGAUUCGUAGGAUGGCAGGAGAUAUAUGGCGAAGAUUCACGUUUGACAGAAGGAUAUCGGAAAGAAAUCUGGGAAAACGGUUUUUGAGAUGAGACUAAGGAAUGCCACCAACCAAUACCAUGCAAUAAACCACUUUUACGCACACAUCCACGAGUCUUCGUGGCAUAAUACACCCACUCUUUAUACUUGAAACUGAAAGUUCUCUUUAUUUGAAGGAGGGAACUUGUUUGCUAUAUUUAGCUCGCGGCAUUCAUCCAAAUUAUAUUCCAGUCGAAUUCGAAACCAGAGGUUGUAAGGUAGAAGCGGUGCUUCUACCUCGUUUGCUGGCUCUGCCCCCUCUACCUCUCUUACCAAGUUUAUUUAUUGCCUUCUAAAUUGUUCCUUCUUCUAAGACGGAAAGAUUCUAGUUUGGAAAUGUCAAUCUAUACUGGCUAGAGAUCCUUUGCAUCUAACUCA